ACUCCUGUCAAAACAGUUAAAGCUUGGCAGAGGUUCAUCAUCACAAAGAGAAUGACAGUACACAGUACUGCCACGAGGAAGAGGAGGUCUAUCUACCUUAAUCACUGUAUUGUAUACAGGAAAAGCUUGACAAGUUUUAUAAUGGAAUUUUUCAACUCAGCUCUUGGGAAAAACAUCACCUUUGUGCGUCCUACAUAUUUCAUAAUAAGUGGAUUUAUUGGCAUACCUAAUAUCAAGUAUUAUUAUGUGUUUCUCUUUUUUGUUUAUAUUGUUUCAGUGGUGGGAAACACAGCUGUGAUGGCUGUAAUAUGCUUGGAUUAUAAUCUGAGAACUCCAAAAUAUAUUGCAGUUUUUAAUCUAGCCUUUGCAGACCUGUGUAGUAGUUCUGCUCUGGUGCCGAAGGUUCUUGACAUCUUUCUCUUUAACCAUCGCUACAUCCCUUACAAUGACUGCUUGACAUUCCUUUUCUUCUGCUACACCUGUCUUUCAAUGCAGGCUCUUAAUCUGGUUGUACUCUCCUAUGACAGACUAAUAGCUAUCAUCUUUCCACUGCACUAUCAAGUGAAAGUGACUCACAGAUUCAUGUUGUCUUUGAUUGCCUUUUUCUGGGUCUUGACCAUAAUUGCUGUACUCAUUACAGUUGGCCUUAUUACAAGACUUUCCUUCUGCAAAUCUGUUGUUAUUAACAGCUAUUUCUGUGACCAUGGACAGAUCUACCGGCUUGCUUGCAAUAACUAUACACCCAACUUGGUCAUGGCUAUUUUGUUACCACUUCUUAUUCUUUGGCUUCCACUGGUAUUUAUCAUUUGUACUUAUCUAUGUAUUGGCUAUGCACUGUCUAAAGUGGCCACAAUUCAGGAAAGAGUGAAAGCCUUAAAAACCUGCACAGCUCAUCUCUCAUUAGUGGUGAUCUAUUUCAUCCUACUGUUAAUCACCUUUAUCUUGAUGGAAAAAAUGCAUCCAAAUGCCAGGAUCAUAAACCUGUCUCUGACCUCUGUCUUUCCUCCCAUGUUGAACCCAAUCAUUUAUGUUCUGCAGACACAAGAAAUCAAAGAAUCUGUAAAAAAGCUAUUUAAAUUCAGAGUGCUGUCCAGAAUUACAGUAAAACAGUCAUUGUAA